AGAGGCUGGACGGAGGCGGGGAGAGGUGGAGGCGCUGCGGGGCUACUGCUGAAGUGCCCAGGUGACAGUGAGUGGGGUCGUCACUCUACACACCGCCGAUUUCCGGGUCCCUACCCCAAGCACAUUCCACUGUCCCGGAGCCAGAGACAUCUGCAGUUCCGGGGCGCCCGGUGUUUGGCGGUGCCGCCACCGGACGCCGGGUGCGGACAAAAUUGCUGCCUCCGGGGCCGCCGGGGCAGGUGCCUGAGGGAUCUGGCCGCGACUCCAGUGUCUCUGGAGCACCUCCGACAGAGGCGGAGUUGCGAGACAAGCGGGGUUUCUGUCAGCGGUGGCGUCGCGGAGCGCGGAGACAUGAACGGCUUCACGCCUGAGGAGAUGAGCCGUGGCGGGGACGCAGCCGCCGCAGUGGCCGCCGUGGUGGCUGCCGCCGCCGCCGCCGCCUCGGCCGGGAACGGGGUCGGGGCGGGUGCCGGAGCGGAGGUGCCCGGAGCCGGGGCGGUCUCAGCGGCGGGGCCCCCGGGAGCGGCCGGGCCGGGCCCCGGGCAACUGUGCUGCCUGCGGGAGGAUGGAGAGAGGUGCGGCCGGGCGGCGGGCAACGCCAGCUUCAGCAAGAGGAUCCAGAAGAGCAUCUCCCAGAAGAAGGUGAAGAUCGAGCUGGACAAGAGCGCAAGGCAUCUCUACAUUUGCGAUUAUCAUAAAAACUUAAUUCAGAGUGUUCGAAACAGAAGAAAGAGAAAAGGGAGUGAUGAUGAUGGAGGUGAUUCACCUGUUCAAGAUAUUGAUACCCCAGAGGUUGAUUUAUACCAAUUACAAGUAAACACACUUAGGAGAUACAAAAGACACUUCAAGCUACCAACCAGACCAGGACUUAACAAAGCACAGCUUGUUGAGAUAGUUGGUUGCCACUUUAGGUCUAUUCCAGUGAAUGAAAAAGACACCUUAACAUAUUUCAUCUAUUCAGUGAAGAAUGACAAGAACAAAUCAGAUCUCAAGGUUGAUAGUGGUGUUCACUAGGAGAGAUGGAAUUGAGACUAAGACUUGGAUGUUCAGAUGUUAAGACUGUUUACUGUUUUUUCACAUGUAGAAAUGUUCUUUGUGUAUUUUUUUUACAGAGGAUUUUCUCUGGUUUUAUUUUCUUUGUCUCUGACUCUAACAAUUAGUUGGAAACUCAUGUAAAAUGAGCUUUCCUAGAUUAAAAAGUAUUUUAAAUAAAGGUUAUUACUAUUA